AUGAGGAUCAACAAAUCGUGGCUCCGACCCAUCCGGACUCCAUUGCAAUGUUUUGCUAGUGAUAAAGUAAUCUCAGAGGGAGCGAUCUCUCUCUCGGUCACAGCUGGAGAAGGUCGGAACCAGGUCACCUUGUUAGUAGACUUCCUGGUAGUAAAUACGCCCUCGGCCUACAAUGCCAUUCUUGGCAGACCCUCCCUCAACUCCAUGAGGGCAGUAGUAUCUACAUACCACUUAAUGAUGAAAUUCCCUGCGUUGGGGGGAAUUGAAUACCUCCGAGGAGAUCAACGAGAGGGGCAACGAUGUUACUCGGUGGCGUUCAGGAAGGGCGUUGUGAAACAGGCCCUUACAGUCAACAUGCUCGACCCCAGAGAGCGGACCCUAAUGCUCGACUUCCUUAAGCAACAUCGAGAUGUCUUCGCUUACACUCAUCACGAUAUGUCAGGUAUUCCUCUUGAGGUUUCUAAACUCCUCGGCGCUGGCUUCAUUGAAGAAAUUCAUUACCCAGACUGGAUCGCAAACGUGGUGCUCAUGAAGAAGGCUAAUGGGAAAUGGCGGGUCUGCGUAGAUUACUCUGACCUGAACAAGGCGUGCCCCAAUGAUAGUUUACCCCUCCCCCGGAUCGACCAAUUGGUCGACAGCACAGCCAAGCACGAGCUCUUCACUUUCAUGGACGCAUACUCUGGCUACAAUCAGAUAGUGAUGUACCCUCCAGAUAGAUAG